AUGGCGACCGCGCUACCGUGGAGCUCCCUUGCCAUGACCGCACCCUACUCCGUGCACGGACCUCUUGCCAUCCAAGUCUUCACCAUUUCCAAGCACCGGAUCGCCUCCUUGAAGCACCUCUGCGGUGGUGGCACGAGCACCUUCUGCGCUGUUAGCGCUCUCGUGUGGCAGUGCACAUGCCUUGCGCGUCGGCUCCCACCUGAUUCUGAAGCGCGCCUGGCGUUCCCGGCCGACCUCCGGCGUAGGAUGAGUCCGCCCCUCCCGAGCCGCUACUUCGGCAAUGCGAUGUUUUGGCUAGGCGUCACCAGCGCGGCGCGAGAUAUUGCCACGGAGGCGCUGGGAUCCGUCGCUGGCCGCAUCAGAGGCGCCGUCGAUCGGAUGGACGACGAGCUAGUGCGCUCUGCGAUCGACUACUUUGAGAUGGCCGAGAUGGACAGCCGGCCUCCGAGGGGCACCUUGCGGCAGACGGACCUGCAUAUUACCAGCUGGUUGGGCAGGCCACAGUACGAUGCAGAUUUUGGGUGGGGAAAGCCAGAGUUGAUGUCGCUGGCGGAGAACCACCGCGGGGGCGUUGUGUUCUUGAUGAACGAUGACGAUGGUGCUGGCAGCGGCGGCGUUCGUUUGCUCAUGUGCAUGGAGGCUGUAAAUAUAAAGGAGAUAGAGCGGCUGUAA